AUGGGCAACGACUACACUCGAGUACCACUGUUCGCCACAGAGGACGACAGCGCAGCGCUGGACGCACAGGACGGCGGCGACAGGAGAAGAAGAAGGUGCGGGUCACUGUACGAGGGUGUAAAGAAUGUGCUCUACCUGGUCCUCCUGCUCCUCCUGGCCAUCGUCCUGGGGUUUUGUGUCGGGCGGAAGCACCCGCAGAUGAACAUGGGCGGCGGAGUAGGGCUAGGGUCGUCAGGGGGGCGACUGGACAAUGGGCUGCUGCCGGCACAGGCUUUUGUCGCGGAGAUUCCGAUGAAGGAGGUCAAGUUUGACUUUCCAACGGCGUAUGAGGAUACGAGCAUCGAUGGUGAUAAGCUGUGGGACGAUCUCAUGCCAGUUGGCUCGGGCUUCGUGCGUGUCCCGCACCCAAGACAGUACGACAUGCCGGCGAGCAAGGCCAUUGAGGGCGAUCCGGAAGACGCAGAGAUAUACUCUGUCUCUGCCCUUCACCAACUUCACUGUCUGGGCGUCAUCCGCGAUGUGAUCAAAAAGUACGAGUCUCAUUCCAAAUCCCGCUUCGCCGGCGCAGGCCACGAGUACCACUGCAUCGACUACCUCCGGCAGUCCAUCAUGUGCGCUGGCGACACGACCCUGGACUACGCCGAGGCUCACGCCGGCGACGGGCGUAGGACGGGCUUCUCAGGGGCCAACUCGACGCACCAGUGCCGGGACUGGGACGCACUGGUGGGCUGGGCGGUGGAGAACCGCGCGGGGGAUAAGAAAGGUAUUGCAUGA